GCAAAAACAGACGUUUGUGUAAUAUUUUUGAUUUCCAAAGUUUUUAAAUAUUUUUUAAUGUAGGUAUAUACUCCAAUAGUUAAUUUUCUUGAAGCUACAAUUGAUUAAAUCGAUUACAUUAUGUAUAAUCCUUUUCCAAAAUCUUCUUCAAUUAGUAGAAAUGAAAACGGCACUAGAUAGUUUGUAAAAAGCAAGAUUAACAAGAACAAAUGUUACUAAGAUUUGGAAAUAGAGAAUUAAAAUCAUUUAAAACAAAAGGUGAAUGACAUGCAAAUAUUUAGUGGAAUAAUACAAACAUAAACUUAUUUAGUUCAAAUAAUAUUCAGUUUUGAAGUGAUUGGUCAAAAUGUUUAAUCAAUUUUCGCAUUUUAUUGAGAUAAGUGUAUUAUAAGUGACCUCAAUCCAAAUGUCAAAGAGAAAGUAAUGACAUUUAACAUAAUCCAAUUUGAUUACCAAUAAUCAGAUUUGUAUUUUUUUAAUUCGACAAUUUUAUUUUGUAUCAAGGAGUUUCCAGAUUUUGCAGUAGAUAUAUGUUUUUAAGGGCAUAAUUCAAUGUUCGUAGUAUUUAUAGCGAAGUUUGAAAAAAUUUAUCAUAUCCUAAGUUUGUACAAUAUUCUGUGAUGUGGAGCAACUCCAGAAACGUGAAAUGCAACAACCCACUAAUACAUCAGCUUCUGUAUCUGAUAUUUAUGGAGUCGAUGAGAUAGAUUUCCUACUGGACGAAAUACGCGACUUAGAACCGGCCUGCUGUCAGUUAGAUGAUGUUCAAGAUUUUGAAAUAGCAGGCAGCAGAGCCGGAGAAUUUUCGAUAACCUUAGAUUCUCCUGUUGGAACUUGUACUUCGUGGGAUUCGCAUGCACAAUAUAAAUAUAAGUGCAAUGAAAAUCAAACAACUUGGGGAGUUCCUUUACAUUGCGAUGGUUCGCAUUUAAAGACAUCUACCGGAAUUGUUCGAUUUCUUUUAGUGCUGUCAUCCGCUGCCUGCCUAUUGUGCGAGUGUUCGGCUGGAACGUUGCAAGUGGGAAUAUUUUUACUGCCGUUAAUAGGGCGGUUAAGACUAAUGGUUUUUUGCGCCUUAUUUUCUAUUCUUUUUACAUGUUUGCUGUUAUUUUUGGAUAUAUCACAUAUAGGUCUUAUGUUUCCAUUCAACUGGGCAAAAGUGAACACAUGGAUGUUUCUAGGCAUAGGUCUUAUGUUUAUCUUAAGUUCAUCGUUAAUUUGUCAUACGGUAUUUUUGGCAGAGGCUUUCUUGUGGGUACCGAAACACACCAAAGAUAUUUUGUUUAUAUCAGCUAUACUGGGAUAUUUAUGUGCCAUUGAAGCUUUUAUUUUAUGUGGAAUAUCAAUAUGGCCACCACCCUAUAAACCCGUUGUGGAUGAUGCUAAUGAAGUCUUUAUUCCAGAUUGUGAAAUGAGUCACAUUAGUCCGACAGCAGAAAACACAGAUGUAUCAUUCAAUAGCAACCCUGGUAAGAUCAACGGAAAUACACACUAUCCAUGCAAUGACCAAAAAUCUGCAAACAGAGUAAAUUCAAAUGUUAAAUCUCCUGGUCAAAGUUAUAACAAAACAGCAGCGUCGACGAAUUUAACACAAAAUAGAAAAUCAAUAAAAAAUCGUGAAGGAUAUCAUUAUCAACCAAUUGCAUCAACUUCUCGUCAAAGUCCAACAUUCAUUUUAGAUUAAGAUUUAAAGACUACGAUUUAAUGGAAUUUUAAUGCGCGAUAGAUUUAAGAUUGUAGUACAUGUAUUUCAAAUCUAGCAUCAGUUCAAUAAAAAAUUUAUUUAUUUGGAAAGAAGAAAAUAGUUAAUAUGAAAUUUAGUUGUAAGACAAAAAUAAUAGUUUUAUGUAAAACAUAUAUUUUCAAUUGUGCAGUUAAAUUGUAGGAUUACAUUUAGGAACGGAAUAAAUUUCUUUGAAAUUUUCAUGUUUGAAAAAAAUUAUAAUAUCAUGUUGCUUAACAUGAAUUAUUUGUUCAUAUAAAAGAUAUUUGUAUAUUAUGUACAACCAAACAUUGAGCUUCAAUGAUUUUUAAAUUGGUAAAA